CACUUUAAUACCAAACUUUAUUCAAAUAGAAAAAUGACUAGUUAAGCAAAGAGGCAUGCAAUUACCACUUCCACCACACUCCAAUUAUACAAUAUUUACACUCAAACAGGAACUCAUGUAUCAAUGGCUGAUCAGUCCACUGACCACAGAGUGCAGUACAACCUUAAAAUCCUGGAACAUAACGGUCCCCUUUUGAUAUUAAUUGGAGCUCUCCCCAAUUUAACAAAAUGGCUCCUUUGAUAAUCCAUUAUAACACUAAUUAACAAUAAACUGCCCCUUGCCAUAAUUUUAUUCUGCUAUCUCCUCAUUGGCUCUUUCCAUUACACAUUAUUUAAAUUAACAUCUCCACCAUUGUCCUUCCUAUGCUAUCAAUACAGAUAGCAUUUAAUGAAACAUUGAAAUCACUCACUGAAAACCUUGCUUAAACAGUUACAACCAAAACAUAACAGCAGCAUAACCCUGGGUCAUGUUCUUUCUAACUUCUAUUUUCUGUCAUACCAAAGCCUAAUUUCUACUUAAUAUAUUUGAUAGGCUACAAGUGGUGGCAGGUCUGCACCCCCAUAUACUCUUGUAUUGGGGAACGAGGGUGUCUGAGGCGCAGGAGCGGACUCAUGGACAGAGCUGACAAAAUCUCAAAUCAAGAGGGCAUGGGCAUGCAGAUAUCCUGACGUGGAGAACCCAUAGGGGGACACGUCUUGAAGAACUCAGGUUACUGUACAAGAUAAGUAACCUUUCCUUUCUGAGAGAGUUCUCAAUUUGUGUGAAAACUUUCCCAAGGGCUUUCUCCCAGCCCUUCAUCAAAUUAUAUAAUUAAUGUUGAAACUGGUUUUUACCUUUACACACAACAUUUAUACAGCAGAGGGCAGGCCAGUCUCACUGUGAGCUUAGAGUUUAUGGUCUGGUGGGUAAGGUUUGGCUAGCAGAAAGAUUGGCUUACAGUACAAAGGUCUUAUUAAAUACACAUGAAACUUGCAAUUCACCACUCUGAUGAUAGGUAUAAAAGCAGGGAAUCACAGGGAGAAGGAGAGAGGUAGAUAGAAGGGGAUUAAAGCCUAUUUAGGGAGAGCUGGAACCUCAAAAAAGACAGGGAGAGUUCAGACCUGACCACAGAGUGGACAGACAGAUAGAGCAGCAGGGUGAUGUUGGGGAUAAGUGAGUUUUUAGUAACUCUGGUCAUCUCUCUCUUUGUUGUGCAAUUUCUGAAACUGAAGUGGGCAUGUAGCAGGCUUCCUCCUGGACCAACUCCCCUCCCGCUCAUCGGCACCAUGUGGCAGAUGGAUUUCAAACGCCAGCAUGAGACUCUCAUUAAGUUGGCACAGAUUUACGGCAACAUCUUCACCUUGUGGAUGGGACAUAUUCCUAUCAUCAUACUGAAUGGAUUCCCAACUGUGAAGGAUGGCCUGACUGUCCACCCUGAAGACGUCUCUGGCCGGCCAACAACCCCUUUCUUUCGGAAAACGGCCGGAGGAAAGGGUAUUAUUUUCACAAGUGGUCACACCUGGAAGCAGCAGAGACGCUUUGGGCUGAUGACCCUACGGAACCUGGGGCUGGGCAAGAAAGGCCUGGAGCACCGAAUCCAAGAGGAGGCCCGUCACCUGGUGGAGUACUUUAUGAAUGAGAGAGGAGAUCCCCUGGAUCCUUCUUUCCCCAUCAUCCAUUCGGUCUCAAACGUGAUUGCGGCUGUGAUGUUUGGCCAUCGCUUUUCCACUGAGGACAAAAAUUUCCACCAGCUGAUUGAAAGCAAUGAUUAUUUGGUCAACUUUGGAGGCAGCAUCACCGAGAUGCUGUAUGAUAUUUUCCCCUGGUUCAUGAAUCAUCUCCCAGGCGCUCACCAGAAGGCAUUCUAUUGCCAAGAGUUUCUCCGGUCUUUUGCAAGGAAGGAGCUCAGAAGCCACCAAGAGAGUGGGUCACCAGACGAACCCCAGGAUUUCAUUGAUUUCUACCUGGCUCAGAUAGACAAAAGCAAAGCUGACCCUGAUUCUACCUUUGAUGAAGACAACCUGGUCCAGACUAUUUUCGACCUUUUCUUGGCAGGCACAGAAACCACAACCACCACCAUGCGCUGGGCAGUGCUUUAUAUGGUGGCUUACCCAGACAUCCAAGAGAAAGUCCAGAAGGAGCUGGAUGCUGUGCUGGGUCCCUCCAAAUUAAUCAGUUACGAGGAUCGGAAGGAACUGCCGUUCACCUACGCCGUGGUCCAUGAGAUCCAGCGCUACAGCAGCAUCGUUGCCGUGGGAGUUCCUAGAGAAUGUGUAAAAGACACCGUGCUGCAGGGCUUUCCCAUUGAAAAGGGCACCAUUAUUCUCCCAAAUUUAACCUCCGCCUUGUUUGACCCUGAGCAAUGGGAGACGCCUCGACAGUUCAACCCAAAUCACUUCCUGGAUCAGGAUGGAAAUUUUGUGAACAAAGAAGCUUUCUUAGCAUUCUCAGCAGGGCACCGUGUGUGUUUGGGGGAGCAGCUGGCAAAGACUGAGCUCUUCAUCUUCUUCACCAACUUGCUGCGGGUGUUCUCAUUCAGGCUACCAGAGGGAGUGAAGGAAACCAACACCGAGUUCAUUCUGGGGGGUACAUUGCAGCCUCAUCCCUAUAAGAUCUGUGCUGUUCCUCGCUAGGCUGCAGCACCCCCCAAAGCACGGGAGGAGCUAUUAGGCAGGCACGCAUGCCGUUGUGAAUUUCCACCUUGUACCUCUUCCCCUCUUUCUACUUCCAGCUUUGACGACAGUAUCGGUUCAGGCCAGUGGAGCCAAUUUCUCAAUCUGUUAGACCAACGGUGUCCAAUCCAUUCGCCGCUAGCCACAUGUGACUAAUAGGCUAUGGAAUUGUGGCGAAUGCAUGUGGCUUUUUUAUAAUGUGGCUCAUAAGAAAAAUUCAGAACCACAAGAGUGGCUAGCCGUGUGGCUAGCACCGACCUUCUAUUGGGCCCCGCUGUGUUAGACCUUGGGAAAUUAAUCUGCAAACCGCUGCCACUUCCUUAUUGGUCUGUGCCCAGGCUUUCCGUUUAAUAGAUUGCAGAGAGAGAAAAUGUAAAACAAGGAAUUCCAGAGUCAGGCUUUAGUUGGGUGGACCAGAAAUGUGUUAGAUGCGUCGCACUGAAGUUGGAGUUGUGGCGGCAGGAGAGAGAGGAGGGGAAAGGAGGGACAUAUUACGGUCUGUUACCAGGUUUAGCUUUAUUCAGCAAGUUCUUAGCCACAGCUGUAAUCUCUGCCAGAGGCUGAGACAUCUGAUCUGCUGCCCUGAUUGUGUCUUAUGCAGUGAACACGCAACCCUGAGAGUCAUCUCCAAACUGAAGUGAGCUGUAGCCCACGGAAGCUUAUGCUCAAAUAAAUUGGUUAGUCUCUAAGGUGCCACAAGUCCUCCUGUUCUUUUUGCGGAUACAGACUGACCUGGCUGCGACUCUGAAACA